AUGGUUCACUAUAUCCACCUCUAUGGUAGACAGCAUGGGAUUACCACAGAUACUGCACACCGAAAUAUUCGACUUCUAGAGCAGGCAAUCAACAACAAAUUUGGGGAGAAUGCUCAGUGCCACGGUAUCUGCUAUCACCAGGAUCGCAUACGACCCCACCCAUCCUGGAUCCGAAGGGAACUCGUCUAUGCAUGUGCAGGGGAGAAGGGAAACAACCUUUUGAACGAGGUAUGGUACAACACAUGGAUAUUCCGCAUCAAUCUGACGAUUGAAGGCAAUUUGGAUGAACGGACCUCACGGGCGCUGCUAGGGUUACAUAUGAAGGUGGUGAGGAUCCAAUUUACGGAAAGGGGUCCCAAUGAAACUAUAAAGCGUAUGCGCCACUUGAGAGACGAGAUCCCAUGGCUAGCUGAUGGGUCAGUAAAGUUGAGCGAUACGGGCGACAGUCGAUACUUCGGAAGACGAUUCGAGAUUGGAAGGGACAUAUGA